AUGGAAGCUCCUCGCUCCUCUUCACUACCUUGUCCCCUGGCUGAUGGCACAAUAAAGUUAAUUCACUGCCCAGAUCAGCUCUCUCCCAGGCAAAAAAAGAAGCUCCAGGCUUACAUUUGCUGUAUUAAGAAACUCACCGACCCCAAAGUUAAAGUUACGCAUGAUGAAACGGAAGCUUUCCUGUCAAUGGUCUUUCAUCGUUGGACAACAGCGGACCCAAUUCCGGCGCCACCUAAAAAGCGCCCGACACCCAAGUUUGAGGAUAUAGCAGUAGAAAUUGGAGUGUUCACGGCAGACGUCCCAAUUCCAUGGGGAUCAUAUAGACGAAAGAAAGCUAGCCUGUAUGCCGACCACCAAACCCCACCAGAACGGAAGGCUGGGGCUCCCAUAUACAUGCGAAUGUCGCCGCCUUGGAAGGACUGGAACCUCGAUAUCUGUAGGCUCAUAGACGGCAAGUGUCGAUUUCUUCCGGAAGGUACAGUCCAGUUUCGUUACCAUGAGGGCAUGUGUGAGAGGGUCGCAAAGUUCUUAGCCAUGAAGCAGAUGGACGAUUUCAGUUUUUAUCAGCUUCACCGUUUCAAUGUCGAGCUUGCCGUCUUUUUCUGCCGGCGCCUAAUCUUGCGAUUUGCAUUAGGGCUUCUGGAAUACCGACCAAUCUCCUCGCACGAUUUUUAUAACUUCUGGUUGUUUCGAAAUUAUAGGUGGUCCUCGGAGUCCCGCAUGGAUCCUGGAGGUCGAUUGCUCUCUCUUCCCCGUCCUGGCCUUUUCGACUUGCCCUAG